AUGCCAAAAUCUAAAAGAACAAGAACAGGUUGUUUAUGUUGUAGAAGAAGACAUAAAAAAUGUGAUGAAAUGAAACCAAGUUGUAAAUUUUGUUUAUCAAAAGGUUUAGUUUGUGAAUGGCCUGUUAAAGGUUCUGUAUUUGUUAAUUAUCAAUCACAAUCACAACAAUCAAAUAUAAUCAAUAAUCAAUCAUUAUUAAAUUUAUCAUCAAAUAAUUUAAGUGAUUCAGAAUCUAUUUCAAUAAGUUCAAAUUCAAGAAAAUCAAGUAUUGAUUUCAAUUAUUCAACUUUUAAUUCAUUUACAACCCCACCAUCAUCAACAUCAUCAACAUCUUCUUCUUCUUCAACAACAACAAAUCCAAAUUCUAUUUCAUUACCACCAAUUAAACAUUAUCAUAUGGUUAUACCCAGAAAUACAAACAUGACAUCACCAAAAUCAACAAAUGUUAAUUUAUCAAGUAAUAAAAUUACAAAACCUAAAAUUUCAAAAUCACCAACUUUUAAAACAUUUACAUUUAAUAAUAUAUCAACAUUUGAUGAAAAUUUAACACCAAUAAAUACAGCAAAGAGAUUAAGUGUUGAUUCAUUACUUAAUUAA